AUGCAGUUGGAUUUUGAUAUUGACAUAGAUGAUAUGGAAGAUGAGCAAGAUAAUAGAGAAGAAAUUCCUGCUGAAGAUGUAAUUUGUUGGCCAACACUUAAAGAGAAAAUACCUUCAUUAUUAAACAACAAUACGGAUUUAGAUUCGUUCGAAAAAUUUUAUUUACAGUUCCUUCUUGAUCUGAGAGAAGGUCAUUCUCUACCACAAAAUAUUGUUCAAGCUGUUACAUCAGGAGUAAAAUCGUUGAUUGAAUUCAUCUUCGAGUUAUUAAAAGGGCAAGUUAAAAGCUCAUCGAUUAAGGAUCAAAGGACGGCUUGUUCUUACCCAACAACCAAUUUUAUUUUAUUAUCUGACGUAAAAAAUAUUGUUUCAAGUGUUAUAGAAAGAAUGAACAAUAUUACCAAAAAUGAACAUAGAUUUGUGAGGUUAUGUAAAAAAUAUUUUUCCUAUGAUUCACCCAAAGAAAUAAAACUGGAAAAUCCUAACGAAGUAGCAUAUUAUAUACCAAUGCAAUCUACUAUUAAACAAAUGCUCAGUAAUCCUUAUGUAUUGGAUAUUUUAAUCAAGAAUUUUAAUCAAAUUAUUAAUCGUAAUGCUUGUGAUCAUAAUCUUAUGUAUGACUAUCGUCAUGCAUCACAAGCAAAACAACAUCCAGUUUUAACGAAUAAACCUGAUUCAUUAUUAUUUCACAUUUACAUUGAUGAGAUUGGCUUGACCAAUCCUAUAGGAGCAAAAAAAGACACUCAAAAAAUAACUAUGCUAUAUUUUCAACUAAAUGAUUUACCUGAUAUUGUUAGAUCAAAGUUAAAAUCAAUUGGACUUUUAGCUAUGUGCCAUUCCAGUUAUUUGUCAAAUACGUCCAAUAGAAUAAAGUUCUUUCAGCCGAUCGUUGAAGAUCUGAAUACACUUCAGACGACUGGACUCUAUAUUCCAGGUUUUGGUACUCAGUUGAAUUUUGCAUUCACUAUCGUAGCUGGUGAUCAUUUGGGUUUGAAUGACAUUGGUGGAUUUCAAAAAAACUUCAGUAAUGGACAGUUUUGUAGACAUUGUCAUAUAAACUAUGAUCAGAGAUUGAUUCCUUUAAGUCAAGUUUCUUAUUCUGAUCGAACAAGAGAUCAUCAUGAUAGUCUAGUUCAACAAGUUAUAAAUUCGAAUAAUCAUGUUAUUUUACAAGGUGUUGUUGAUAUAAGUCCAUUUUCAAACUUGAUCGGUUUCCAUGCUACAACAUCGUUGCCAAAUGAUCUGAUGCACGAUUUUAAUGAGGGUCUUUGUAGUCAAAUAUUAUUAGCGAUGAUAAAGGAAGCUUCAACCAAACGCAUUCUUUCUUAUGGAGAAGUUGAAGAUAGAUUGAUGUCAUUUGAGUAUGGUCUUAAUGAUAAGUCAAACAAACCACCAGUUUUAUUAAAGAAACAUCUAAACAAAGGAAAGAUUGUAGGUACAGCAUCUCAGAAGAUGUGCCUAUUCAAGCUAUUUCCCAUUGUAUUUCACGAUAUAAUCGAUCAACUAGAUACCAAAGAGAUUUACAUCUGCUUACGUGAAAUUAUAAGUCACGUGUAUGCUUCUCCUUUUCGAAAAUCAUGGUUGCCAUAUUUACAUCAUUUAACUGUUCGUUUUCAAAGUUUAAUGGUUCAUUUACUUCCUAAUUUUAUAAUAUCAAAAGUUCAUUUUAUCACGCACUAUGCAAAGCAAGUCGAAAUGUACGGUCCACCUAUUCGAUAUUGGUGUAUGCGUUUUGAAUCCAAGCAUCAAAUCUUCAAACAACUUGCUGUUAAGUCCAACAAUUUCAAAAACAUCUUGUAUACACUAUCGAAACGUCAUCAACUUCGGCAGUGUCUAUUAUUAUCAUUGUCAGAUUAUUACAAGAUAAUGAACGAAGGUUAUUCGUCUGCAGAAACAAAUUUAUAUGCAUUACCAGCUGAUGUUCGAGAAGAUAUCGAUGGUGAAACACUUUUCAAUUUACCAGAAUCAAUAAUGUAUGAAAUAAUAAAACCAAUUAAAGAACGUGUACGAUUUUUGACGGAACAUCGUGCUCUUUUUGAAAACAAGUUUCACGACACUUGUGAUGAAAUAACAUUGAAGAAAUAUGUUGAUGAUCAACCUGUCAAUAGCUCUCAACAAGUGAUUGAACAAGAUGGUGUAAAUCAAUUCAUGUCAAUGUCAACGACUGCGUUUUCCAAUAAUGAUCGAAGUAAUCCUUCUACACUUGAUUCUUCAACUGAUUCUGAAGUUAUGAAUCAAGAAGCAAUAAUGUCACCACACGAAGAUAAUGACAACGAAAACUAUGAAGAUGAAGAACAACCACGUUUUCCUGUUACUUAUCAUAUAUCUGAUUUACCACCAAAGCUUCAACAACUUAUAGACAAAGGUAAUAUAAAUUGUUUUCGUAGUCAUACAAACGCACGUCGAUUAUUACUUGAUGCCGUAUUCACGAAUGUUACGACGAAAUAUUCUCUAAUGUAUCCUGAUACGCACGAAUACAGAUCAAUGGGUAGAGCAAUACUAGAAAAAUUAAAUAUCAAGAAUGAUAUUAAUGUCUUGAACGAUUGGGUUGAGAGCCUUAAGAGUAAAUUCAAACGUGAACGUCGUCCACUUCAACAAAUGUCUGAAGAAAUUCUGAAGAUGAAACUAAAAUUUGGUAAUCGAGCAGGUCGUCCAGUCAAACAAAGUAACAAUGUAAUCGCAGCUCGUCGUGAAGUUCAUGUGGAAUUUUGGAAUAAAACGGAUGCUAAUGAUGAUCCUCAAGAAUUUGAUGAACAUAUUCAAUUUAUGAAGAACGAAUUGACAAAAGAAAACUUCAAUUUUGAUGGUGUGAAAAAUUCGUGGAAAAAAACAUUGGUCAACAGAAGAUUGUAUAUUCAAAAUCAUACGACUAUAGAAGUUCUUCAAGAAUAUCCUGGUUAUAGUAAUGUUUUUUUGAUCUUCGACGAGAUUCAAUAUUUAUGCAAUGUCGAUAUUGAAGCAAAUUUCAGAUAUAUGAUACCAAAAUUACUUACUAAUAUUCCUGAUAGCUCAGGUUUUGUUGAUGACCUUUCGACCAUACGUUUAAUCAAACUUUUAUCCAGAUACUUUACUGAUUCAUGGCAACAUAUCUUGACUUACAAAGAUCCAUUAUCUCCUCGUCCAACAAUACAAGUGACAACAGAUAAAUUUUUGAUAUAUUUGGAUUAUAAUGUUGUUACUGAAACACCAUCAAUCGAUCAAGCUUUAUGUAUCGUUAUCUCGUUAUAUUUUAUAUUUGAAUUACAAUUUGGUAGUCACAAUCGAACUAUAAAUUUAUUAUAUGGUAUAUUAUUACAAGAACCAGCAAUAUUAACAAAACAAUUACGGUUUACAUUGAAACAAUGGAACUUCCAAAUUGAUAAAAAAGAACAUAGAAAAAAUACGCAACUGGUUAAUUAUUUAUCUACAAACAAUAACACAUCUGUACAUUUGAUCAAGAAUUUACAACACUUCGAAGAAAGUGAACGUGAUUGUGUAUCUAAUGAAGAACCACACGAACAUUUAAUUGAAAAAACAGAUAGAUUAAACCCAUUGAUUGAAGCAAAAAAACAAUCGUUCAAAUAUGGAUUUGAUGAUGAUCUUGAAAAUUCCACGACGACAAUCACCAUUGAUGUUAAUAAAGAUCGUAAAAACAAUUAUUCGGCAACGAGCUCUCAAUCGUUUACAUCAUCGACCCCAACAAUUGAUUCUCAAUUACUGAUGCAAUCAUCAAAAUUAAAACAACGAAAUAUUGAAACAUCAACUUCAGUCGUUUCGAAGGAAAGCAGCUUAUAUUCAGUCAAAAUCCAACAUGAAAUGGUAAAAACUCCAAACGAAAUACCACGAACAGAACUACCUAUUCAUAUUGCUCAAACAAAAAAACGACUACGUCAUCUGGAAGAGCCAGCACCGUCUCGUUCAAAGCGCACAAAGAAAAACAAAUAA